CGGUAAACUGUGCAUCACUUCAGACGACUAUUUUCUUUUGGGGACAGCUGACACCAUCAGUUAUCUUUAAAUACAACCAACUGUCAGAAUUAGCUUCUGUGCAGGCUUUUCCUCCAUCAUCAUCACCACCAUCAUUUAAAACUGUUACCUUACAAAUGGCAAGGAGCCUCGGUCGUAUAUUUAGGGGCUUUCAACGCCUAGGCUCACUUUCAUCCUCCCAGACUCAACUCAUCCACCCUCCUCCUCCUCCUCCCAGGUUUUCAGUCAGGACCACCUCUGUACGGACCGUGGUGGACUUCAGCUUGCCUAACUCGUCGUGGAGCUCAGAAAUGAUGCAGCUGUAUGAGCAUUACAACAGCCAGUGUGAGGUGGAGAUGGAGGGAGGAGAGCAACAGAAAAGGCCUUGGCAGAAACUGCCAAGUUAUAGCCGCCUCCCCGAUUAUCCUACAGGUGGAGUGUAUCUUAGUGAGAUGAUCCAGUCAAAAGCUUGUUUUUUCACCCGUAACAUCAGAGACCCAGGGGCUGCGUUUGAGUACGCUAUGUUUAUUAACAUUAAGGAGCAGAAGUGUGUGUGCAUUUUCCAGGCUGGACCACUGUUGGAGGGGGCGCCAGGACAUGUCCAUGGGGGGGCAAUAGCCACUGUGAUUGAUACUGUGAUUGCGGCUCAUGCUGCUGUCCACUGUGGACCUGUUAUGACUGCCAACUUCAACAUCAACUAUCGCAGCCCCAUCCCACUGGGAAGCACCGUGUUACUUGAAUCCUGUGUGGAUAAGAAGGAGGGCAGAAAAAUCUUUCUCUCAUGUAAAGUGACGAGCACCGACGGCUCCAAAGUGCACACAGAAACAACAGCACUGUUCCUGACAAUCAAUGCCAGCAACCUCGUGCAGGGAGUGAGACACAAACACGGCAGCCUACCACCUGAGGCCACAACGAGUGAGUGA